UCUACCUUGCUGUCUAUAAAAUGCCUUCCUCAACCAUGAAAACUUCGCAUCACAAACCCCAAGACGGAUGGCAAUGAACUUGGCACCAUGGCUAGCCAUCUUUAUUCCCUUCCUCUUCUUCCUCCUCCUCUUCCGCAAUUUCCGCUGCUGCCGAUAUAACCUGCCGCCUGGACCAAAACCAUGGCCUAUCAUCGGAAACCUCAACCUCAUAGGCCCUGUUCCUCACCGCUCCUUUUAUAAACUCUGCAAAAAAUACGGACCCAUCGUGCAUCUCAAGUUCGGCUUCAAAGACGUCGUCGUCGUAUCCUCCGCCGACGUCGCUAAAGCCUUCCUCAAAACUCACGGAAACACCUUCUCGUCCCGGCCCAAAAUCACCGCCGGAAAGUACACAGCCUACGAUUACUCUGAUAUUCUCUGGGCCCCCUACGGCCCUCACUGGCGCCAAGCCCGUAAGAUAUGCCUCACGACACUAUUAUCUCAGAAAAAAAUAGCAUCCAGCGAGUAUAUAAGAAAGGAAGAGGUGAAAAGUAUGUUGAACGAACUUUUCAUUUCUUCGGGUAAACCCAUAUUAGUGAAAGAUUACUUGUAUAGUUUAAACCUGAAUAUUAUAAGUCGCCUGGUGUUGGGGAAGAAGUACGUGGAGAAGGGUCAAGGUGGGAUUGUUAGCUGGGAAGAGUUCAGGCACCUGGUGGAUGAGUUUUUCUUUCUUAAUAAUGGGUUUGCGAAUAUCGGGGAAGUGUUCCCUUUGAUCAAUUUCUUGGACUUGCAGGGUUAUAUAAAGAGAAUGAAGGAUUUUGGUGUGAAAUUUGAUAGGUUUCUGGAGCAUGUGUUGGAUGAACACGAAGAGAGAGCAAAAGGGGUUGAGGAUUAUGUGGCCAGAGACAUGGUGGAUGUUCUUUUGCAGCUUGCUGAAGAUCCCUCACCUGAGGUCAAGCUUCAAAGGCACAGUAUCAAAGCAUUAACUCAGGACCUUUUAAUGGCUUCAACAGAUACCGCAAUAAUAACUAUAGAAUGGGUUAUGUCUGAGCUGUUGAAAAACCCAGAAAUCUUAAGGAAAGCCACAGAGGAGUUAGACAGAGUGAUUGGAAGAGACAGAUGGGUGGAAGAGAGAGACUUAGUCAAUUUGCCUUAUAUUGAAGCCAUUAACAAAGAAUCAAUGAGAUUGCACCCUGCAGCGUCCUUGUUGCCUCCAAGGGUUGCCACAAAUGGUGACUCUAAAGUUGUAGGGUAUGACAUCCCAGAAGGAACCCAACUGAUCGUCAACGCGUGGGCUAUUGGCAGAGAUCCUACAAUUUGGGACAACCCUAAUGAGUUUUGCCCAGAAAGGUUCAUAGGUAAGGAUACUGAUGUGACAGGGAACCACUUUGAGUUAUUGCCAUUUGGAGCUGGAAAAAGGAUCUGCCCUGGUUAUCCUCUUGCUCUUAAGGUCAUUCUUGUGAGCUUGGCAAAUUUGGUGCAUGGAUUUUCGUGGAACUUGCCGGAUCAUAUGAAGGAAACGGACCUAAACAUGGAGGAAACCUAUAGGCUUACAAGUCUCAGAAAACAACCACUUGAAGCCGUUUUAAGACCUAGACUUUCAUCUCAUCUUUAUCUCUAGCUAGUGAUAAUAUAUGCGUGUGUAAGGAAAAUAACAUCUAAGGACUAGUGAUACCCAUUAUUUUCCUUAUUAUAUAAUCACUCAAUGGAUCGUAAGGUUUGCAAUUUUAUUAUGAAUGGAGAUUGUGUUUCGAUUAAGCAGUUGGAUGGCUCUUAGACUAUAACUUUUAAGCCGUGAUCUUCUAAACCCAACAUUCCAUGCAAGAUUCAAAUAUUAAAUACAUCAUAAAUUGCUUAUAA